AUGUGCAAAACACUAUGGACCCUUCUAUUUUUAACCGGCAUUUUUCAAAUAAGUGAAUUGGCAACUCUGCGCUGUUAUGAAGGGUCUAUGGACACGUAUAAAGUGUAUGAACUGAGCAAUCCGGCUCCCUUAUUAAAUUCCACCUGCAUGGAUGCAAGUCUUCCCACUAUCAUCUAUACAUUUGGAUACAGAGGGAAAUGCAAUGGACCCGCCACUUCAGCCAUGCUGAAUGGCUACAUAGGUACUAAGAAACGGAAUGUUAUCCUUCUGGACUGGGAGGAAGAGGCCAGAAGCGGAAUUCUUGGCAUAUCGUUGGGUUACGCUAUGUACGCCUUACCGAAUAGUAAAAGGGUGGGGCAAGAACUGGGCGCUGCUAUUUUAAAACUGCACAACGCAGGCCUGCAAUUGAAUACCAUUCAUUUGUUGGGGCACUCUUUGGGGGCUCAUUUGAUGGGUUACACUGGAAGAUGGAUUCGUGAACAGGGCCAUGUUAUACCUAGAAUAACAGGUUUGGAUCCGGCGAGAGCACUAUUUGAAGGAAUUUUCGCAACUCGAAGCGCCCUGGACAGAACGUGUGCCCAAUUCGUGGACAUCAUUCACACGAAUCCUGGGAAUUAUGGCUCCACGACAUCAGUGGGUUCUGUUGACAUUUGGCCCAACUACUCGUCAGACGGAAUGCAACCAGGUUGCCCGCAAGGAUCGCAUCCGAUGUUUAGUUGGGACGAUCUUUGCAGUCACAACCGUGCAGUGGAAUACUUCGCGGAGUCUCUAAGUAACGGAACGGGGUUUGUGGCUGCUUCUGCUGCAUCAUAUAACGAAUGGAUUGCCCUUAACGAUACGACAGCCAACAACAUAUAUCUUGGCGAAUUGGUCAAUAUACGCGCCCACGGUAAUUAUUACUUAUCGACAAAUGGACAGUCACCUUUUUACAAAGGCAUGGACGGAUUAAAACCACGAGAACAAGAAAGGAGUAGAAGACACACAAAACGGAAUACACUAACGAUUCUAGGUAUCCCAAUUUUAGGCUUUUUUGGAAAUAGCAACUGA